AUGUCGCCUGUGCGCGAGCAGUCGGACCAAGAUCCGGAUGAGUUGACAUCCCCCUCCUCAUUCGCGCAAUUAAUGGCCCUGGAAAGGCUAGAGGACACGGAAGUUUUAAAUGCGAGUACACUUGGGCCUGAAAAGGUCGAAAGAUUUCGCUCUUUGGCUGCACCUUAUCCUCCUGGUCAGGGGACACGCUCAUUUGGAGGACAUGUCUAUGCCCAGUCCGCUUAUGCGGCUUCAAAGACCGUCGGAAAGGGAUUUGUAGUUCAUGAUAUGACGGGUACAUUCAUAUUGCCCGGUCGACUGGAUGUCCCUUAUUUCUACGCUGUUCGACACGUGCGAGAUGGUUUCAUGUACUGCACAAGGGCUGUCGAUGCUCGACAGGAUGGCAGGAUCAUGUUCUCCUGCCUCUGCUCAUUCAAGCGCGAUGAGAAGCAGCGCAUCUUCCGUCAUCAGCCUUCGCCGGUUCAGGAGCGAUACCAAUCCGUAUUGGCCGGAAAACGACCGGAGGAUCAGGCCGUCAGUCCCAGUAUCGAUGCUGACUGGUGGAUUGACGGCGUGCGAGAAGGCAAUAUUUCCGAGCGUGAAUUUCCAGGACUAGAUGUCCGGAAAAUAGACAUGAAAGACUACAACAAAACCAAAGCCAUUCAAGAACGACCUGAAAAAUAUCGACAAUUGACACAAUACCGCUUAAAGGGUCUGCCCGAUGCGGACCCGAGUGUGACAAUUUCCCAGAUGAAGGAGAUGGACCAAGCGGGAGAUUAUGACAAUCUAUAUGCCUGCGCGCAUAUGUACUCUAGCGACAAGAACUCUCUCUUGUUGAUUCCGCGGUCACUUGGAAUCAAGCACUGGGCGGAAAUGGCCAGUCUUACUUUAACCGUCAUUGUGCACCAACAUGGGGAGGCCCUACGCAUGGUUGACUGGGAUACAUCACCUACCGAGGACUCUGGUUUGGCUUUGAAAUGGUUUAUCCAGGAGGGUUGGACGCCCCAGUCGGCGGAGAACAGGGCUGUUCAUGAGAGUUAUCUUUGGAGUCCGGAUGGCACAUUAAUUGCCACAUCGUUACAAGACAGCCUGCUUCGAUUACGAAAACUUGGCCGCGAGAAUCUGUGA